GUUUAGGUGUGCGCGUGCGUCCUAACCGUUUUUUUACGAUUUUUUUUUUUUUCCCCCCGUUGUGUGCUUGUAAGUGCGUUUGUGAAUUGUGUAUGAGUACGUGUGUCUGUACACGGUGACGGUGUACCGAGUACUUCUCUAUGUCGAUUUUUUAUACUUGAGUCACAGUCUCUUUUAUCGUUUUAUAUAAUGUUCAAUGUUUAUAUUGUGUUAUUAAUGCUAUUAUGUUUUGAUUUUCGUUCGAUGAUAAUCUUCGAUUUCGCAAUGCGUCUCAGAACCGAUUUUUCCGGUAAUUCCCGUAAACCGUUUCAGUAAAAAGAAAUCUUUUUGAUUAUUUUUUUUUUUGUUCGCGUUAUUUUUGAAAUAAUUUUGUUUUUAAUUUCCGUUGUGCCGUUACCACUUUCCUGCUAAGCAUCAGAAAUGAUUAGUCAAUUUUAUAAAUUUUGAUCUAGUCGAAUUAAAGACCUACCUACAAUGUCGGCGAGUGAAACCGGACAGAACAACUGCGAUCUCGAGGGAGAUUUUAUAAAAACACGAAGUUAGUGUUGUACAUAACUAUUUAAUUACAUUGUAUAAUAAAUCGAUUCCUAAUAAUUAAUGUGGUUGUAGGUAGCGGAUUUAUGUGUACAAUAGUUAUAUCAAACUAUACAGUAGAUAAGAUACGAGAUUUUUUUAAUCUUAAUGAUUUGUUUAUUAAAUUAAUGAAUUACUCAGUCAAUUAGGCAGUCAUUUUAUAUUCAUUACAUGGAGAGGAUAAUAGUGACACAUUCUUGAUUUAAUAAUAAUUUUUUAUAGGAUUGAUAAAAAAAUAAAAAUAUACAAAAAAAAUCGAAUGUUUAAUCUAUUUUGGUCAGACUUACCUUCGAAUUUCGAUAAGUAGGCUAAGUUGAAUACACUAUUCAUAGGUCAUGCGUGUUAAACAAUCCCCUCGUGUAAUCAUUGGAAAUAAGCCAAUUAUAUUUCAACUGUUAUACAGAAUGAAAAAAAACGUGUGAUCUGGACACUGAAUGUUGCCAAUUAUUUUUAGAAUAUAUUUUGUUAAGUUUAAUAAUUUUCUGUUUUGGUGACACAUAAACGGACACAUAAAUGACCAUCAAUUGUUAAAGAUCUAUGUAUAAUCUAUCUACUACCUAAUAUCACACACAAUGUCAUUAUAAUUUUGUAAUUUGAUUUUGAAAUUUCUGUAUGAAUUUUGAUAAAAAUUAGAUUUUUAGUAAAUGAUUUUUUUUGUGUCAUGAUUUGUCGUUCAUUUCUAGUAUCACAAUAUGUAGUUUGGUAUCGAGUUAUUCUUUUGUAGCUUAUCCAAUAAAGUGGCAUACUCAGCAUGUGAAAUACUUAAGUCUGUGUUUACAAGAGUGUUUACUAAUAAUAAAAUAAACAAAACUGUAUAUAUUAAAAAAAACCUCAAUAAUUUAUCAAUUCUUUAAGUAGGUACUAACUUAAAAACAAUUUUAAAAACUAAAUGCUUUUUUCAAGAUCAUAAAUAGGUACAUUAGGUAAUAAAUAAAGAUAAAGAUUUGUAUAGAUAACUAUAAUCAGAGUUAUAAAUUAUAAUACUACAUAGAUUAUUUACAUUAUAGGUACCAAUUAAAUAUUCUUAGGUGGGUAUUAAAUGAAUAACAGGUGUCCAACUGUUAUUUACUGGUUGUUUUUGGGCGGAUAGGCAAAACAGUAUUAUUUUAUUUUUAUUUUUUUAUUUUGAUAAUUCAUUUUUUUAAUGGUUUGAGCAAAUAUAUUAUUGAAAACUAUAUCAUUAAGAGGAAAAUAUUUUGUUAAUUUAUUAUGUAUUUAACAUAUUUUGAUGUAACUAAAAAGAUAGGAAGUUUAAUUUAUAUUUUAUUUGUUAGGAUUAUGUACUAAUAAUUUAUUGUAUUUUAAUGUUUAUAUGUAUAUAUGUACAUAUCAUUAAUCUUAAAACUUACAGUAAAUAAAUACGUAAAUAUUUUGUUGGUUUUAUCUACAUUAUUUUUAAAUUUAAAAGAUUAUUCCCAACUCCCAUCACCUAACCUAACCUUUAUCAUUUGUCUAUAAAAUCUAAUUUUAAAAUAUUGACUAAGUGUAAGUACUCAUAAGAUACUAUAAUCUUUUCUAUUUCAAAAAAACAUAUUUCUAAUAACUCCAUAAAACCAGACAAAAAAGAAAUUAGUUCUGUGAAUUAAUAGUAGGUGUGUAUAUAGUACUGAUAGUAACAAUAAAACAAUUAUAAUAUAUGAAUUAGUCAUUUUUUAUUUAUGUUAUCUAUAAUAAUCAUUAAAAUAAACAAGUUGGUUGAUUAACUCAUUGAUUAAUAAUUAAUAAUAAAGUGAUACAUUUGACUGUUUCAGUCAACUGAUAAACAAGUGUUUAGAUUAGAAUUGUCAGUCAUAGACACUUAAGUAGAUGAAAUUAUUUUGUUGAAAUAAUUUUCCAACUUAGUUAUAUUUAUUUUUUCUUAAGAAAAUUAUUUUAUGCACCUAGGUACAUUUUUGUAUAUUGAUUUUUUAAAUUCUUCGACUUUCAAUUUUAGUUAAUUAUCUGUAGUUACGUAAUGUAUGAAAAUGAAAAAUAAAUUAUCAAAAAUUGUUGAAGGUAAUAUCAUAAUUUAAUUGUAGCUUGUUGUAAUUUAACUUAGUGAUUUGUAUGAAAUAUAAACCAAUCUCGGGUGAAAACUCAAAAAAAGUUUGAAUUCUCGAAGGGACUGAAAUAAAUGUCAAUUCAUCACAGGUUUCUAUUUUGCAAAAGUUUAAAUAUCUACAUGUGGAAUUACAUUUUGGGACCAUUUAAGUUUUAUGUUUUAUCUAGGUACCCUGUUUUAAAUAAGGUUUUACUAGUGGUUUAACUGUAUUUAUUAAUUAUAAUAUACCUAUACCUACCUUAUGAAUUAUAGAUACUCAACAUUUUUUUUUAUUAGUUAUUGCAUUUAUAUAAUUCAUCCCUCGUGUUCCUAUUUUUAUACAAACAUAUCACAUUGUCAGAGUUUCUCUAAAAUUAUGUUUUAAUUAUAGUAUAAUUACAACUACAUUUUAUAAAUAUACAUUUUGGAGUAAUUAAUAUAAAAAAAAUGAGUAAAUUCUAAUAUUCUAGUAGCUAGCUAUUCUAGUAUUUCAGAUUAUUUCAAAUAAUGAAUAUUAGUAAUUUUGUAUAAUGUGUAUGAUUUAUCAUUCUAGGUGUUUCAAGUUUAGAAUCUGAAUCUUCAUUUUUAAAUGUUUAUUUAGAUAAAAUAUAUUCUUCUGAUUCAGAUGUAUUAUUGGCUAUCAAGGUAAAAUUAUUUUAUCUAACAAUAUAAUUAAUUAUAAUUAAAUACUUACUAAAGUAACUACUAUCUAUUUACCCUUCUAUUUUCAGAAAUUAAAUUUAUCAAUUAAAUAUGUGGAUAAUUUAUCUGAUGUAAAUUUAUUAGAAUCAAAUGAUAUCCUGGUCACCACUUUAUUUGAAGAACUUGCUGUCAAAAGACCGUGUUUUAAGUAUGUUUUAAAAAAUGCUUUUUAUUUAUAAUUUUAUAUUUUCCCUAAAUUAAUCUAAUGAAUAUUCUUAUUAAAUUAUAUAUAUUUAAUAUUAUAUAUCAAGUUAUAAAAAUAGAAUAAAAAAAAACAUUUUUUAUUGGUUCAUUUUAUGUUAUUAUGAAUUAUUUACAAUAUUGUUUUCAUGAGCUAUCUUGAAUUAAUUUUAUGUUAUCUAUGAACUGUAAACCUAAUGCCUGUAAAUCUAUUUGAAUUAAUAAGUUUUUUUCGUAGACUAGUUUAUUAAAAUGCAUCUCUUAAAUAAAAGAAAACAUAAUGAAAUCAUUUAAUUUAUUUGAUAAAUAAUUAAAACAUUUAAAUAUUAUUUAGAAUACUUGGACGUCCAGCUUUAUUAGAACUGGCCAAAAGCCCUAAUGGUUUACAUGGUGUUAAUCGACAUCGUUAUUGCAAUGCACUUGUUGGUGCUAUUGUCAGUGUCACAGGAAUCCAAAAAAGAGAUGAAAUGGUAUGUGUGGAAAAAUGUAUUAACAAAGUUUUAUAUUUCAUAUUUUUCUAUUGUUAACUAGGCACGUGUCCUGAGUUUAAUUCGCUGGAUGGGUGGUAGUAUUCGAGAAAAUAUCAACCACAAAACUACUCAUUUAGUUUCUGGUUAUGCGUGUAGUGCUAGAUCUCAGUAUGCAUAUUUACAUGAAAUUCCAGUUGUUGGAUCAUCAUGGCUUCAUGCAGCUUGGGAAAAACGCAAUGAAAUCAAUUUCACAGCUAUCAAUUCUUCAUUUGUAAGUCAUGGUAUUUAAAUUAUACAAAUUAAAAAUAAAUAGAAAUUGUAUAAUGUAUUAAAAAAAAUAUAAUUUAUUAAUUCUUCCAUUAUUUUGUAUUUUUUUUCUAGUUUUCAGAACACAAGUUAAAACCAUUCCAUGGAGCUAAAAUAUGUUUUUCAGGGUUCACAGAAGAAGAAAGAUCACAUAUGGUUGAUGUUUUAUUACAAAAUGGAGGAACUCCAGUUAAUGAUGAAAACGAUACAGAAUGUACUCAUCUUGUAUGUAUUGUUUAGAUAUUUUAAUCUUGCCAAGGGGAUUUUAUUUUAAGGCUGUGUGUUGUGUUAAUUGUUAUAAACAAAAUGUGAUAAAUUAAUAAUGUCCAGUUGUGAACUAUUUAAAUUAGUAUUCAUUUACAACGUCUAAAAUUGUGUUUAAUGCUAAUAAUAGAAUAUAUAGAAGCAAAAUAUAUAUUUUUCUCUAAGAGGAAUAAAAUAUGAUAAUGGCUGAUUUAACUAAAUCAGUUUAAUUUUGUACUUAUUAAAAUUUUGCUUUUGCUCUGCACAAGGCCACUAACCUUAAUAUUGUAAAUACAUAAUAAUAAAUAUACACGUGAUAUAUAUAGUAUAAUAUUAUAUAUCACAUAUACACAGUCAAAAAAAAAAAAUGGUAUAUACUAACUAAAAUUUGCUUAUAUUUAAAUUUUACAGGACGUGGCUUAAAUUUUUAACAUUUUUGUUUGUUGGUGUUAUGUUUUUGUUUGCAUGUUAGGUUACAAAGGAAAGUUAUACAUGCACUUCUAGCCCUUUAGGAGAUCGAGAUUCAAAUACUACACCGUACUUAAGAGGUGUUUUGGCUCCUAAAAAUCUAAUUCAAGCAUUUGAUAAAGAGGAAUAUUGCACAAGCCCUAAUACAAGUCGAAAUGGGGGGUUAAAAAGAACACUAACUGAGAUUGACAGUGGAAAUAAUUCACAUGAUACCAAGAAGAUUCGCCUUCAAUUUUUAGAUCCAGAUUGUGACGAGUUUUUGUUUAAGCAUCCUAAUCCUAUGUCAGCACGUUUGGAUCAAACUGAUAAAACAUUGGUACAUAUUUUUAAUUUACAAAUAUAAAUUGUUAAAAUACACAUAAAAAACAAAAAUAAAUUAUAUAUCUAACUUGAAAGACAAAUUGAUAUAAAUAAAAUAAUAAUAUGUUUAAUUAAUUUUUUUCAAUAUUCUAUAGCAAUCUAUAAGCAUUUAAUAUUUAAAAACAAAAAUUUGAUAAGUUAAAAUAUUACUCAAUUGAACAAUUUGUGUUUAAUAGUUAUUUUUUUUUAUGCUAAAAAUUGAAAAUUUCUAAAAUUAUAAUAUUAUUUUCAAAAAUUAAUAUACUUUUUGUACAAAAGUUAGGUUUAUGUUUCUUUGUAAGGUGAUAAAGUAAGAUACUGUUGUUUGUAUACUAAAAAAAGUGAUAUAUCUGCAAUUGAAAAUCAAUUUUUUCUUUUUUAAAUUUUAAAGGUAUUGAUGCUAAACAUUAAAAAAAUAAUAAUAAUAACCUAUACAAUGUUAAUUGACAUUAAUUAUAAUGUCAAUGUUACUUAGAAAAAUAGGGAUUAAAACUUUUUUAAUGUUUUUGUUGUAGACAAAUGAACUAAACUUUUACUAAAUGCUGUUGCUCUGUAAUAAUAAAUUAUGUGACAGUGAUAUUUAAGAGCAUAUAAUAUAAUUCACUAAUUCACAGUUUUUUUUAAUUAUACUUAUUCAACAUAACUUUUCAAUGCAUUUGCUUAUAAUAUAUGCUUAAUUUUAUGAUUUGCAGUAUUUUUAUUGUUUGUUUAUGGCGUACAUAAUACAUUUAUGGACUUGCUUAUUUCUUUAUGAUUUCUUGAGGAUUAAUUUUGAAUAUUGUUUAAGAUUUCUAAAUUUAAAGUAUAUUAAACAUAAAUCAUGCAUAAAACUAAUGACUUGUGUUUGUGUAUGUGUUAUUGUGUUUGCAUGGCUGGUGCUUUAUAAUUAAGGUUUAUAUUGGUAUUAUGAUAUAUUUUUUUAUUUUCUUUAAAAAAUUUAAUAAUUUAAAAUAACAAUAUUUCAUGUUCUAUGAAGUAUAUAAAUUAUAUGUUCAAGUUAGACUUGGAGACAAUUUAAAGUAUCAUAUUGAUAAGCUAUUAUAACUCAGAAUAAUGCUUUAAAUGUGUCUAUUACUGAACAUAUAUUAUUGUAUUAAAAUAUAAGGCAUCUAUUUCAGUAAAUGUAAAUAACAUUUAUGUUAUAAGAAAUUUGAACAUAGAAUAAAAUAAGAAAACUAAUUUUUUUUUUCUCAGUUCUUAAACAUUAAUUUGAAACUUAUAAUACAUUUUCUAAAUAUUAUUGUCUCAAUUUAUUAUUUGUGAAAUAUAUAUUUUAUUAUCUUACUGUGUAAAUUAUAUAUUUAUUUUAUAAUAUUAUUGUCUCUAUCAAAAUGAUAAAAGUAAUUGUUAUAGUUGAUAAAUUUAUGAGUAUUAGUCUAGUAAAACUUGUGCAAAUCUGUAAGAAUUUAUAAAUACAAACAAAAAAUUAUAUAUAUAUUACUAUAUAUAUAUUUAAUUGUUUUAUAUUUUGUUUUAUGUUCAAAUUAUCUGUUAAAUGAACAUUUUUAACAAUAGUUAAAAAUUGUUAUUUAAGGUUUGUUUAUUUUAUUUGAAUGCAUCUUAUUAUUUUACUUACUAAUUACAGUUAUUAUUAUUAUUUCUCAAGUUACUAAUGGUAAUACAUAAGUACAUAAUAAUUUAGUUACAUUAGUUGCAUAAUAGCUAUUUAUGACAUUAUUGAUUUAGAUAACUUUAUAAUAUUGCUUUAUGUUUUCCAUUAUUUCAUUUAGUUUUUAUUAGAUUCUGAAUGCGGCAAUGAAUUCAUUAGUUUUACUAUUAUGUAAACUUUGGUUUUUUUUGUUCCUUUUUUCUAUUUGUGAACAAGUUUUCUACCAGAAAUCUUGUUUUGAUCUUAAUUGUAGCAUUUUUUUUGUAAGCAAAUUUUGUCUAGUUAGAUCAUUAGCAAGAAAUUGUUCUUGUAGUUUUCUUUAAAAUUGAAAAAUAUAUAAGAAAAUCUAUGCAAUAAUAGUUUGUUAUUUUUUCUUAAAUUGUUUAUUUCUUGUUAUUCAGUUAAAAUACCUGUAGAUUUAAUUAAGUAUUUACUGUUAUACAUUUUUUAUCAAGAAAUUAUUAAAUAGAGCUCACUUAUAAACAUAAAUAAUAAACAUUCUUUAAGUACUACCUACUUACUUAAGAAAUCAUAAAGUUCAAUAGGUAAUUUAAGGGAUAGGUGUACAAAGGAUCUACAUAAGAGAUGUCCACAGGGAAAUUUCCAGUAUUCCAACUGGACAUUAUGUGCCUGGAUGACCAUGAUAUGUUCACAAAAUACUAUUUGAGAUUUUUCAGGCAAAGUAAAAUGUUCAAAACGUUUUAUUUUUAUUUUUAUUUGGUUUUAAGUGAAUAAAGUUUAUUUUAGCCCAGGCAGAAACUUUAAAAAUGUAACAUAAGUAUCAUUAUAAUUUGUGUAAUUUGGUUAAAAAAAAAAAAGUUAGGUAUAAUUUAGUAGUUUUUUUUUAAAAGUAUUUUAAUGAAAAUUAUAUUAUCCACAGUAUUUCUAAACAAGUUGAACCAAAUUUCUCUCAGAAAAUCGUUUAUGUUACCAAUGAUUUUUUUGUUUUAUAUAGACAUUAAAUAACUAUUCUGCUUUCCAUCUAGAACACAGUGGCACACUUGUCAGCAGUAUUAGAUUUUAAAAACUGUUUAAAUCUUUAAUUCUGAGUAUUAUAAGUUUUGAAUGAAGUUUUAUUUAAUAUGCCAUCCCCAUUUUCUCAAUUCAUUAUUAAAAUACUAAUAUAAAAAACAUUAACAACUUUAAAUAUAAAUAAUAUUCUUAUUGUACUUAUAAAUAUUAUAAAUACAAAUAUCAGAUAUAGAAUCAAUAUUGAAAUUACCAUAUGUAUGUAUAAAGAUACAUAUAUCUGGUUUUUGAUUUGUGAUCAUAUUUGUUAAUACUGUUUCUUUUUUUCUUAAUUUUCUUUAGGUUGCUAAUGAAUCUUCGUUAGAUUUUAUUCCUCCCAUAAAGAAAAGUAAUAAUGCUGAAAUUGUGAAAGAAGCAUGGUUUUGGACAUCAGUACAAUAUCAGAGCUGUGCUUUAACAAAAGAAUAUUUAUUAACUAAUGUAAGUAUAAUAUUCCCCAGAUUAUUUAUAUUAUAUUUUUUUCUAUAGUUAGUUAAUUAUAUUUAGCUAAAUGUGUCCAACACGCCAACGUCCACGCGUUUAAUGCCUUCUACAUUAAGUUCUUCUUCCCGAGCACGCAAAAGAAAAAGGCAUUUAGAUCGCUUGGGUUCAAUAUUGAGGUCUAGUCCAGUACCUUCAACUCCUGGGGAAAUAUCACCAACCAGUAGUUCGGGACCAUCCAAACGACGGUCAUCUGCUGCCCUUGAUGGUUUAAGACUAUCAUGUGGGUCGUUUUUAAAUUUUACGAAUAGUCCUGAUCAUCCAUCACCCUUCAAACACCCUUUAGGUUUGUUUUAUAUAUUUAUAUAUUAUAGUAAUAAUUAUUUUAAUUUGAAUUGUAUUUAUUCUCAAGAUCCAGAUUUAAUUAUUAAAGAUAAACCAUUUAGUCCACGAUAUCAAGUUUUUUCUGAAUUAUUGCAGACUGAAAUAAACUAUGUGGGAGUUUUAAAUACAAUAAUUACUGUAAGUCAUUUUCUUUGUCUUAUUAUGUAUUUUUUUUAAAACUAUCACUGAAGUGAUAAGAAAAAACUUCCCUACAUUGCUGAUGUAGAGAUGUUUUUUCUUUAUUAUUAAUCAAUUUUAAUUUCAUUUUGUUUUUAGGUAUACAAAGAACCACUAGAAGAAAUGAUUGAUAAAGAAGACUAUUUACUUAAUAAUACCGAAAUAAAAAUUAUUUUUGGAAAUGUUUUACCAAUUUAUCAAGUACACCAAGAGAUGCUAGAGGAGCUCAAGUGUCUUGCUACUUCAUGGCAAGAAGAUAGUAGUAUAGGCAGUGUUUUUCUUAAAUAUGUAAUUGCAUAAGCAAUAUACAUUUUUGAAAUAUAAAUUAAUUUGUGUAUUUGUUAUUAAUUUAUAGUCCAGCGAAUUAGUGAAAGCUUAUCCACCAUUUGUGAAUUUUUUUGAAAAAACUCGCGAAAUGCUUAUGCAGUGUGAUCAGACAAAGCCACGUUUUCAUGCAUUCCUUAAGGUUGGCCAGACAAGACCUGAAUGUUGUCGACAAAGUCUCCAAGAACUUCUCAUACGACCUGUACAACGACUACCUAGCAUAAGUUUACUAUUAAAUGGUACAUUUACAAAAACUUGUGUUUACUUAUAUUUUAUUUUUAAAGUAUUUUCUUAUAAUCUUAUCUUGAACAUUAUUGGAACCUCCAUUGCUAGUGUUUACUAUAUUAAUAAUAAUACAUUUUUUACAAACAAAUUUUAUCUUUAUGACUAGGGAAACCAAAUGUUAAAAAAAAAAAGAAGUUUUCAUAUUCUAAGUCAAAAUUAAAAAUUAAAAAUCUGCUUUCAAGUUAUUCUUGGAUACUUAUCUGUAUAAUAAUGUUCAAAAUUUCACAUUUUUGUGUGUCAUACAUUUUUUUGAAAAUUACAUACUCAUAUGAACAUUUCUUUUUAUUAUAUUAGAUAAAUAUAAAUUUAUGAUAUUAAAGUUUUUUAACUAUUUUACAGAUAUAUUAAAACAUUCAGAUAAAAAUAAUCCAGAUCACCAAGCUCUUGUAUCAGCCUUAGCUAGUAUACGUGAAGUUAUGACUCAUAUUAAUGAAGAUAAAAGAAGAACUGAGGGUCAAGUUGUACUAUUUGAUAUAUUUAAUGAUAUUGAUAAUUGUCCUGUAAGUAUUAUAAUUUAUAUUGUUUUUAAUGUGUAAUUUUUUUUUUUAUUAUAACCAUCAUAAAUUAACAAUAUAGAUACAUUAACUUAUAUACUAUUUUAUGAUUAUCAAUCACUUUUAAGCUAAGCUUGUGUUAGGGAUUGAGAGUAUACUUUUUAUAAAAAAGAAAUAACAAAAAUUUAAUAAAUUGUGUACAUUAAAAAAUAUUAAUAUAUAAUGGAUACAAGACAAAUAGAUAAGGAAUAAAAACAAACAAGUUGUUAACUAUACACUCUACAAUUUAUUGAGUUUUUACUUAAUAUACAAUAAUAAUGAAGUAAUAACUACAAAAUAAAAUUUAAAAAUGUAGAUUAAUUCUAAAAAUAACCAGUUAUAUAUAAUUUUUUAAACAUUUUCUUGAUGUGUGUGAAUAGUAUUUUUUUGCCUCAUAAGGCAUUAAAUUCAAAUAUGUAGGCCCUAAAUAGUCAAUAAAUGAUUGACCAAAGGUUUUUUUUUGAAUAUUUAAUAGGAAUAUUGUAGACUCUGUUUUCUCUUUUGUUUUCAUAAAAAGGGUUACUGUUGUAUUCAUAUUGUUUUAUUUUAAUUUUAAGGGAUCAAUAAAUGUUUAAAAUAUAUUAUUUGUUUGUUUGUUUGCAGCCUCAUUUAGUUUCUUCACAUCGAAGUUUUAUUACAAAAUGCGAUGUGAUUGAACUCAGUGAUAAUCUUAGUGGUCGUGGUGAUCAUUUAACAAUAUUUGUUUUUUCAGAUGUCGUUGAAGUAAGAUUUAUAUUAUGAUAUAGAUUAAAUCAAUAAAUAAACUGGUCAAUAGUAAUUUGUUAAUUUUUUUACUAGGUCUGUAAAAAAAGAAAAUCAUUUAAUGUAAAAAGUCCAAAAGAAUCAAAUUCCGGUUCACAUAAAUUAAAUGGUGGUGCUAAAUCAUAUAAACAUAUCAAAUUGAUGCCGUUAAAUGUAAUCAAACAAGUGAUAGAUAUAAAAGAGACUGAAGGUAAAUAAAUGUCAUUAGUGGUACUAUAUAAUAUUUAUGAUCUACCUUAUUUUGAUAGUUCUAGUUUUUUAGUUGAUUAGUACUUACAAGGUUACUAAGUUACUUGAAUAUAUUGUUCAUCUUAUAAAGUAUUUUGUGGUGUAUUUUAUACACAUAGUAUAAAAUACAUUUUAUUGUUAAAAAUACUGUCAGUAUUUUUAUAUACAAAUAUUUAAUUGUAUGCGUUUAUUAUACAUUUCUCUUAGAUUAUUAUUGUUAUGCAAUUAUAAAUUGUGUUCUAUUUCAGACUGUCGUAAUACAUUUUCAUUAAUGAUUAUUGACAAUCACGAUUUUAAAGAACGGUUGUAUACUUUUACUAUAACUGGAAGUAAUUGCAGUGCUAAUAAUAAAAAUAUAUUCUUGAAAAAUAUAUCACAACAAGUGGCCAACACUGUGUGUUCUGUAAGUAUAUAAAGGCAAACAUAGAAUUGUUUUUGAAAGAUGUUCAUUAUUUAUUUUAAAUUUAGGGAAAUAUAUUAGUUUCAUUGGAUUCUCAGCAAUUAGACAUUGAUACAAGUGAAAUUACAACCGGUACACUUGGGAAAGCCUUUAAGUAAAUUAUAUAUAUAUUUAUAAUAUAUAAAUACAAUUGAAAAGCCAACAUUAAAUAAUUUUGAUAAUUUUUGUUUGUUUUAGAUUUGCAAGUAGAACGCGUAUUAAAGUUGGACGAGCAUUAAGUUUCAAUAAAACACCCAGCAAGUUGAAACGGGCCAUGUCAACAAUGAUGAGUCCUGUGCUCAGUUUGACUAACAGUGGGCCUGGUACACAUGCUUUAACACCAUCAACACAAUUGGCCAAUAUGCACUUGGCAUCAUGCACCAAUUUAAAUGUGAGCCCAUUAAAUGAGCUAAACGAUAGACAUAAUUAUUCACUAACGAAAAUCAAGAAACAUAUCAAACGCAAUCCUAAAUUGCGAUUGACUCGUUAAUUUUUCAGUCAGCAGCCAUUUGGAGAAGAUAACAUGUGUAGUCUUUUUGCUUUAAACUAUUAAAAAAUUAAUUAAAAAUCUUACCUUAUUGGAUCUCAAUAAAAUAAAUAAGGUACUUGACAAUUCGCUUUAUUGGUUAAAACAGCUUACUGUGUCGAUUAACCUGCAAUGUCCAUAUGUGGUAAAGAUCUUUUUGGUGAAUGUAUGCAUGUAUGCUAUGUUAUUGAAAAUAUUAUUUUAUCAUAUUUUAAAUUAUUAGCAUGAGUAAUAUUAAAAUACCUUAACUAGUAAAAUGAUUUAUAUACAUGAAAGGCAUAAAAAAAAAAAUCAAUAUUGCUUAAAUUUAAAGUUAAAUUAAAUGUUUAAAGUAUAUAAAACAGUUGAAAUAUUUAUAAAUGUGUAAAUAAUUUGGUAAAUUGACAAUAUUUAAAAAUAUUGUUUUUAGAUUUUAUAUUCAAACUAAGAAUAAUUUGAAUGAAAGUUAAUUUUAUUUGAUGUUUAUAUUUUUAGUAUUAAAAUCAUAAUAACAUUUAAUAGUUUUAAAUUAGUACUGAAAUAAAUAUUAGGUAUAUUAAUGAAAUUCGUUUUAAAAUAGUGUUAUGAACUUCAAGCAUUAAAAAUUUUCGAAUGUGAAAGUAUUAACAAAACAAAUUAUAUUUUUAAUAAUAAAACCAUGUAAUCAUAUAAUUUAAUUUAAUUAUUCUUAUUUAAAUGUUUUAGGAGUUACUUAAUUUGCACAUUUUCACUAGAAUAAUUUUAAUAUCUGCUAAAUUCAUUAAAUUUAUUUAUUUUGCAAUAUUGUGUUUUCAUAAUUUGUAUUAAAUAUUUCAUUGAGUUAAUGAAAUUUCUAUGUGAAAUAUCAGAAAUGAUUAAUAAUUUGUUUUAUAAUCAUAAUGAUAUUAUUGAUAUUUUACAUGUUUAAAUUUUUUAUAAUGUGUAUUAUAAUAAUAAAUAAUUUUGCUUAAGCAGUAGUUAUUUUUUCUGUUCAUUUAUUUUCAUUAAUGUGUUUGCUUUUAUGAAAAUCAUACUUUUAUGUCACAUAUUUGAUUUUAUUGUAAAUGUAAUAAUAUAAUAUUAUAUGACACAAUUCAUGUAACUUCUUUAAUAAUUUUACUUUUAUUUUAGGAAAUGUCAUCAAUUGACCAUACUUAUCCAUCACCACCAUUGUCAGUUCAACCAAACAGAAAAAAUAAAACUUCAUUAUUAAGUCUAUCAUCGGCGCCCAGGUAGCGUCCAACUGCCUAUCGAUACCUGGUAAAUUCUUUUAGAAAUUCAAAGAAUUUUGUUUCAAUUUUAAGGCGUCAGUAUCGAUAGCUAUAUAAUCUUAUUACAUAUAAUAAUUUUUUUUAAAAACUCAAUUUUAAAUUUUUUUAAAUCAACUAUUUUAUUACCUUUUUUUUUUUGUGUGUUAGUAUUUAAGAUUUGUAUAAUGUUGUUUUCAACUUUUCCCAAGACAUUCUUGCCUAUUCAUUUUCUUAUCCUAUACUUCAUUGUUUACAAUUGUUCAUUGAUUAUUAAGUCUUAUAAAUUCCAUUUCUACAAAAAAUAUUUUUUUAAACCAUAUAUUGUUUACUCGGUUUCAUUCGCAGUAUUGAUAAAGUUACCAUGGUAUAUAUACUUUUUUAGUUUUAAUUUAUACAUAUGUUUGUGUAAUCAAUUAUUUUUUUAAUGUCAGAACAAUUAAAUAUCAUUUUUUAAAUGGUGCUCAUAAUUACUAUAAGCUCAAAAAAUAAUUUUUUGUGUAAAGUGUAUACUGUGCAUUAUUGCAUCUUAGAAAUUAUAUAAGUGUAUGUUUAAAUUUAUUGUGUAAGUUUAUAUAUGGUUUAUAUAUUUAGUUUUGUGAUUUAAACACAUUAUAUUUAAUCAAAAUUAAAAUAAUUUGUUGUAUAAAUAACAUUUUAUUUGUAAAAUAAUAC